AUGAGAUGUGAUUUCUGUGGAGAUGAUCAUCCUAAUGGUCAUUGUCAAGUUCCUGGUAGUUCCCAAUCUGAAGAAGUCAACUAUAUGGGGAACCAAGGACGUCAAAAUUUCUUCAACAAUCCUUUUCCUAAUCCUGCAAAUCAAGGAUGGAGACAAGCACAGGGAGCUUCAGGUAGUAGAAAUCCUUAUCAACCUGGGCAACAGUAUGCAUCUCAAAAUGACCGAACAGCAAAAUUAGAAGAUGCUUUGCAGAUGCUUAUACAGCAAUCCAUCCAAAAUCAGAAAAACACUGACGCUUCAAUCAAAAAUUUAGAAGUGCAAGUGCAUACAAGAAAGGAGAAGGAGAAGCAAUUUGAGCGAUUCUUAGAUAUAUUCAAGAAGCUGGAAAUAAAAAUUCCCUUCUCUGAAGCUCUUCAACAGAUUCCAGCUUAUUCUCGCUUCAUGAAGGAUUUACUCACGAAGAAGAAAAAAUAUAUUGAAGCAGAGACCAUUGAAGUACAAGGCAACUGUAGUGCUAUCAUCCAAAAGCUUCUCCCACCUAAAUUCAAAGAUCCGGGCAGUUUUACUAUCCCUUGCACUAUAGGGAAUCUAGCUAUUGGGAAAGCUCUGAUUGAUUUGGGAGCAAGCAUCAAUCUAAUGCCCCUCUCUAUGUUCAGAAAGAUUGGAGAGUUAGAUCUGAAACCUACAAGGAUGACUUUACAAUUAGCAGACAGAUCUAUUAAAUACCCUCAUGGGGUGGUAGAAGAUGUCCUUGUUAAAGUUGACAAAUUUGUCUUUCCAGUGGACUUUGUUAUAAUGGAGAUGGAGGAGGAUACUGAGGUUCCUCUCAUUCUGGGUAGACCAUUCAUGAAGACUCCAAGAGUUCUAAUUGAUGUAGAUAAUGGCAAACUCAAGGUGAGAGUACAGGAUGAGGAAGUGAAUUUCAACGUUUUUGAAGCUAUGUCUCACCCCAAUGAUGAUGAAGCAUGUUUUCAAGUUGAUGUUCUGAAUAAGAUUGAAGAUAUAAAUUCCAAGGAAAAAGUCAAAGAUGGCAAACUUGAGUUGAAAAUGUUACCCCCUCAUUUGAAGUAUGUGUUUCUAGAAGAAGUUGGUAGCAAACCGGUCAUCAUCAGCAAUUCUUUAUCUCCUGCAGAAGAGGAGAAAUUAAUUGAAGUUCUCAAAGCCAAUAAGGGAGCCAUCGGGUGGUCAAUAUCUGAUCUAAAAGGAAUAAGUCCUUCUUACUGCAUGCACAGGAUAUUCAUGGAGGAGGAUUUCAAACCAGUAGCUCAACCGCAGAGGAGAUUGAACCCUGUAAUGAAAGAAGAAGUAAGAAAAGAGGUUCUGAAAUUGCUAGAAGCUGGAAUCAUAUAUCCUAUAUCUGAUAGCACAUGGGUGAGUCCAGUACAGGAAGAUGCCUUUUGGAUUAUGCAAUGCACCGGAAACGUUUCAGAGAUAAGAUUUAUCAAAGAUUUCUCCAAGAUUGCCAAGCCAUUAUGCAGCCUCUUAGUAAAAGACACUCCUUUUGUGUUGGAUAAAGAGUGUCUAACCGCAUUUAAGGUUCUCAAGGACAAGUUAAUUUCUGCACCGGUGAUAAUUGGUCCAAAUUGGGAACAAGAAUUUGAGUUGAUGUGUGAUGCUAGUGAUUAUGCCAUAGGUGCUGUCCUAGGCCAAAGAAGAGGAAAGGUGUUUCACAGCAUUUACUAUGCCAGCAAGGUGUUGAAUGGAGCUCAAUUGAACUAUGCCACAACUGAGAAAGAAUUUUUGGCAAUAGUGUAUGCUUUAGAGAAGUUCAGACCUUAUCUCAUCGGAUCAAAGGUGAUUGUUUACACUGAUCAUGCUGCUAUCAAGUAUUUGCUUACCAAGCCUGAUUCCAAACCAAGAUUGAUAAGAUGGGUUCUUAUGGUGCAAGAAUUUGAUUUGGAGAUCAAGGAUAAGAAAGGAAGCGAAAAUGUCAUUGCUGAUCAUUGA